UGAUAGUUCAUGAUGGCGACGGGUGGAACGCCAUUUGAAGACGGCACAGAUGAGCAGGAGCUGCACAACUGGACCAUCUCCAACGGAAGCUUAGAUGACCGACUCAACAAUAUGGAUUGGGGAGUGCAGCAGAAGAAGGCCAACCGCUCCUCUGAGAAGAACAGGGAGAAGUUAUCUGCUAUGUCAGAGAGCCGGCUAACCAAUGACAUUUCUCCAGAGUCCACUCCUGGAGCAGGACGACGGAGAGCACAUACACCCCAUUCCUUCCCUCAUGUGAAGUACAGCACUCAAAUGUCUGUGCCCGACCAGGCUGAGCUCGAUAGACUCCGGCAGGUCAUAAACUUCACCGAUCUGGAUGAGAGAAGUAUUGGCAGUGAUUCUCAAGGCCGCGUCACUGCAGCCAACAAUCAGAGACAGCUGUCUACUGAGGCCAAGAAACCUUUCAACUUCCUGCCAAUUCACCUCAACACUAACAAAAGCAAAGAGCCCACUGCAUCCACCUCUUCCACACCUGGGGGCAAGGAACCCAAGAAACAGAGUCCUGGGAAAGAGUUGUUUGCCCCAGUUCCUGAUGCGGUUAAAGAGCCUUUUAGUCUGGACAGUGGCCAUCAGUUCACAUCAGAGGAUGGAAAAGCAGAGCUUGACAUUGACAGCAGUCAGGUGGUCAGUAAACUGGUGCAAAUUCGUGAAUACAUUGGGAAGGCCACAUCCAUGAGAGACGACCUGGUAGAAAAGAACGAUGUGCCUGCAAAUGUGGAACGUCUCUCUCUCCUCAUCACUCACCUGAAAGAACAGGAGAAGUCUUACUUGCGUUUUCUUCAGAAGAUGCUGGCGAGGGAAAAUGAGGAUGAUGAUGAAUGUGCCACGGUGGACUCUGCAGUGGGUUCAGGCUCAGUGGCCGAGAGCACAUCUCUGAACCUGGAGCCGCGCUCCGAAGCCUCCAGUGCCACUGGCCAUGGGUUGUGUGGAGAGCAGAAAGAAGAGCUAGAGAAUAUGCGAAAGCAGCAUGAUCUACUGAAAAAGAUGCUGGAACAGCAGGAACAACUCCGAGCACUACAAGGCCGUCAGGCAGCACUACUGGCCAUGCAGCAAAGCGCUGAACAAGCCAUAGCAGUGAUGGAUGACACUGUUGUUGCAGAGACUACUGGAAGUGUGUCUGGCAGGAGCAUUACCUCAGAGCUCAAUGAUGAACUCAACGAUCUUAUCCAGCGUUUCCAUAACCAACUCCAUGAUUCACAGUCGGAGUGUAAACAAAAUCCAGCUCAACCACAGACUCCAAGUAACUGGAUGGACAUGAACAGUUUGACGAAAGCUCAUGGUGCCUCCAGUAAUAGAGAUGGCCGUCUGAACACAGAAUGUGAAAUCAAUAACCGCUCAGCGGCCAAUCUCCGCAGUCUCAACGUCCCUUCAGUCAUAGAAUGCCAAUUCAACCAGGACAGACCUUACGAUGGUGUUAAAGAUGAGGAUGAUGAUGAGGCACAGGAGGAUGAAGAUGGGGCAAGAGGAGGAGGAGGAGGAGGAGGCAGAGGCAGUGACGGUUCAGGGUCCAGUCGUAGAAGCAGUCUAGGUGGUGACACAGAUUAUGCUGAGAAAGUCCAACGUCUUCAAACAGCCAAACAGAAACUCAGACAACUCCAAGAACUGGUCGCCAUGGUGCAGAGUGAUGAUACAGAUGGUACUACAGCUAAUGAGGAUGAGGGUUUGAAGCAACAACCCAAUAACACCCGAGUAACAGCUCCCAAAAUCCAGAGAGACAUAGUCCUUUCUGAGAAGUCCAGAGAGAAAUUGUAUGAGGAGAAACUCAAGCAGCAGCAGCAAGAACUAAAGCAGCUCCAUGAAGAGAGACAGAGACUGAUGGAGAUUCAGGGCAAGAUUCAAGACUUACAAUGGGCCUGUCCUGACCUUCAGUCAUCCGUGAGCAGUAGUGUCAGCGGUCAGAUGAGGAAGAUUCCUGCAGCAGCCUCUAGUCCUGAUCAUGUACCGUUACACUCCUCUUCCUCAACUAAAGCCAACACUAGUGGCCUCAAACCCACCACUGAGCCUCCUCCAGUUACUGUCACUGACAAUGAGCUCUGGUCAGAGAUGCGAAGGCAUCAGAUGUUGCGUGAGGAGUUGAGACAGAGGCGGAAACAUUUGGAGAGUCUGAUGGCAGAGCAGCAGAGGAGAAACACACUCAACGAUUCUCCAUUCAGGAGUGACACACAUGAGACCCAGUCGUACAGCCGUGAUGAAAGAACUGUGGCCACCUGGGGUGGUUCGACACAGUGUCCCUUUGGUGAUGAUGAUGAUGAUGAUUACUCCUCUGAGGUGGGGGCUGAGGAAGAUGUUGACGUUGAACAUGAUGAGGGAGAGGAGUCCAGUUCCACCGAUGAGCUGCAUGGUUGCACACAAAAACACCGCAACUAUAGCAGGAAUAACAGAGAUGGUCUGAAAAUUCACAGGGAAGUUAACGGAAGUCCUUCCCCCUGUGGAUCAAGGGGUCGUCCUCGUCAGCAGCCACAGAAUGAGAGAGGAAGUUCCAGUAGAGCCAAACGGCAGGAGAAUCUACGAUGGGCGGCUGAUCUGUCUCUCUCUGAGGGUGCUGCACCAGCACACUGGCAGGAGCAGAUCACACACCUUCAGAAACAGCUCAACUUCAGCACUACCAUGUGCCAAACUUUGCUACAGGACCAACAGACUCUUUCAUACAUGCUGCAGGCUCUGCUCGCUGGUCCCUAUGGUGUUGUGCCCAAUAAUGUGACCUCUCCUCAAAUCCCUCUCAUCAUGCACCAACUAAACCAGUGUUACACACAACUGGCUUGGCAGCAGAACAACGUUAAUCGGUUGAAACAGGUUCUGAAUGAUCUGUUGCGGCAGCAGCAGAAUCAGUCAUUGUCAGGACAACAGCACAAUCAAAAUGUUGCGUGUGAUUCUGCAUCAUCAUCUCUAUUCGUAAACUACCCACCUGUCAAUACACUCAGUAUGCCUGGACUCCCAAACUUCUCUCCUUUCCCAACUGGCUUUAAUUUCAGUCCCAUGUUUCCCUCUUCAGCAGGAGAUUUCCAGCAGAACCAGGCCAGUUUAGAUCAACGGCACGAUCCAGACAUAUCCCUCAAAACGGAAUACAUGAGUUUCCCCCCUCCGCUGCAGAGAUCUCCACUCAACAACGCAGAGAAACGGUUUCAAUCUCAGCCUGAUACUGUGGCCAACGCUAGUAACUCUAGCUGGUUAAACUCCUCUCUGAAUCGCUCUGGUCAGAGAACCACCCUCACCUCAGACCAUCCAAGUCAGAACUCUCCUUCCUCCUCUCCUAUCCCUCAUCCUUGCACUACCCGGGAUCUUUCUUACAUACCUGACUCCCAGGAGUCAGUGAGCAGCCUUCCAGAUAGGGCAGAUCCAACCACUGUCACCAAGACCUUCAGAGCAGGGCGCAAGGCUGCAGCACAGGCCAGCCUGGCCUCUAGAGACAAGACCCCCAACACAAAGAGCCGCCGCAGGAGAGGCAGGGGACGGAAGAACACAGCAUCUCUGGACAGUGACAGUGUUUCAAGUGACUCUCACUUUGAUCAGGACAGAGAGCGCUCCUCUCAGGUCAAAUACAAAGAUCUCAACCAGGGUCUGCUAGACAAACUCACCCAGGAGAAACUGGACAGCAAGGCUAAGAACAGCAAGCCAAAUGACCUUUCAUCUGCAUAUGCUUGGAGAACACCUUUUCUCUCUAACAGAAUUGCAUGCACUGAAGUCCCAGACGUGAGCAGUGAUUUCUCUCUGUUUGAGGCCCUGAGAGAGACAAUCUACUCUGAGGUGGCAACUCUGAUCUCUCAGAAUGAGUCUCGCCCUCACUUCCUCAUCGAGCUUUUCCAUGAGCUUCAGCUGCUCAAUACAGACUACCUGCGCCAGAGGGCACUCUACUCACUACAGGACAUUGUAACGAGGCACCUGACAGAGAAGAGUGUGGCAGAUGAGCAGGCAUCAUCUUUGGGUCCGGCCGUAUGGGCCACAGGCUCCCAGUCAGAGCUCACACCUAGUGAGAGCUUGGCUACCAGUGACAAUGAUUUAUCUGAGAAGAUUGUAACCGUUAAAUCCAACUCUGUAUUGAAGAGGGUAGCAGAUAGAGACUCGAUGGACAACGAGAGCCUGCUGUCCACCUCUUCCAACCUUGAACCCUUUGCAAGUGAUGACCUGGGUAACACAGUAAUUCAUUUAGAUAAGGCAUUGGCCAGGAUGAGGGAGUAUGAGCGCAUGAAGCUGAGGGCUGAGUGUAACACAGAUAACCCUGAGCACAGCCCUGGAGCUGCUGCUGCUGCUGCCACCUCAGCACUCACUCAAGGUGCUGGACAUUCAUCUACAGAUGCACAUUGUCCUCAGAUUGACACACAACAGCUUGACAGACAGAUUAAAGCCAUCAUGACAGAAGUUAUUCCUUUCCUAAAGGAGCAUGUUGGGGAGGUGUGUUCACACCAGCUGCUCACAUCUGUGAGACGCAUGGUGCUCAAACUCACUCAGCAAAAUGAUGAAAGCAAAGAGUUUGUUCAGUUCUUCCACCGACAGCUGGGCGGCAUCCUGCAGGACUCCUUGAGUAAGUUUGUUGGGCGGAUGCUGCAGGACUGUGGUGAGGACCUGCUGGUGGAGAUCUCUGAGAUCCUCUUUAAUGAGCUUGCUUUCUUCAGACUGAUGCAGGAUUUAGAUCAGAACACCUCUAAAAACAAACACAGAACCAAUAGACGCUCUGACCACACAUCUCCAAAACACUCACCUCAUACCGAGGAGGCGAAAACACUAGAGAGAGAAAAGACAUUCUCCCCAUCAUAUUUUGAUGAAGACAGAGAUCAGGAUGAGACUGAGCAGGGAGGGACGCUUCAUGAGAAGGAAGAGGACAAGGAGAAAUAUGCACAGAGCAGUGAAGCAUCUGAGGUGGAAGAAGAGGAGGGAGAAGGGCUGCCUCUUUCUAUAAGCCUAUCUAAAGCAGAGACACAGGCUCUAUGCAACUACGGCAGUGGAGAAGAUGAAAAUGAAGUGGAGGAGAUGGAGGAGUUUGAAGCUGGACCUGUUGAGGUGCAAACAUCAUUACAAGCCAGCAUGGACAACACUAGUGAACACAGACAGGGCUCUGCCUUACGAAACGAAGUCCCCCAGGAAACCAAAUCAGACCUAGAAAACUCAGAAAGCAGCCAAUUGAAAAGCAUAAAAUCUGAGUCCAAAGACUUGGUUCAGCCUCCAGAGGAGGCAAAAACUGGUUCAGGAGAUGAAAGAGAAAAGGAGGACUGUACUGUUUCACCAGCCCAGGAAACACCACAGAGCUCAGAUACAGCCAGUCCCGACACAGAGUCUCCAGUCAUGAUCAACACUGAUGAGGCAGGAUCUGGAAAUACAAGCCAGAGAUCAGAUGAGGAAGAUUUUGUGAAAGUAGAGGACCUUCCUCUUCAAAUGUCUGUUCUGUGUGAGGAGGAGCUUUGUAAGAGGAUCUCAGAAAAGCAGCAAAAUAUUAACUUAACAGCUGAAAUUCUCAAUGAAAAUAAAGAUGAGCUUACAGGAUUGGUGGGAAAUGCUCAAGCACUCAAAGAGCCGGAAACCACUGGAGCCCAGAGUGCAUGAGGAUGAUCGUUUGAUCCGUCUUACACUGCAAACCAUCAUUCAUGCAACAUUACUGUAUAAUGAGCUUAAUAACGUAAGAUUCUUGAAAACAACAGUUAAGCUAAGUCUUGGUGAAUUAGCCUGUCAGCAUGUGAUCUAACAGUUCAAGAGAUCUCUCUACACUUGUAAGUACUUUUAUUCUGAUUGUUUUAUUGGGAAUGUAGGAGAUGAUGUUUUGUAGGGGCUGUCUUUAAGCUGUUCUGUAGACUGCAAGUACAUUUUCUGUGUUUCUCUUUGUUCAGCCAGAAAUCUCUGUAAAAGCUCCUUCAAAAGCUUCGGUUUAAGGGAUGCAAAACAUUUUUGUGUUCCUAUGUUUGGCAUGGUUUGGCUUUUGUUUAUGCAUUUCUUUCUAGGAUUCCUUCCCAGACCGCUAGCAUUUUUUUGCCAAUGCAGUACAUAAAGGACAAUAGAAGUUUGUUCCUCUGAUUCAGGACAAAACUUAAGCACAUUUGGAAAAACAAUAUCCCUAUUUAAAUGUAUUUGACACGUCCCAGACUGCACAGUGAAAUGUGUAAUGGAUAGAGCAGAAUCGCAUAUUAGCACUGAUACGUUGUCCUGUCAUCUCUUAUUGCAAUCUUUUAAAUGUUUUCUCUUGCUUUCAAUUUCACUUUUUUUUUAAGGAAAGUUGGCCAGUGCUUGGGUUCUCACCCCAUUUCACCUCGUGUAAUUCUCUGAUGUUUAGACUGAGAUUUAAAAUAAAUAAAAUGUUGAUUUUUACCAUU